GAUUGACUGAGCCAGAGUCAGAAACCUCCUGGGAACCAGGCCCCCAGUUCCAUUUCACAGAUGAGGAAAUCGAGGCACAGUGGGGAGAUUGACUGAGCCAGAGUCAGAAACCUCCUGGGAACCAGGCCCCCAGUUCCAGAUGGUGGUCUGCAGCAGCCUGGGCACCACACACUUCUGCCUCUUUGUGGGGGUGCUGCCCCAUCCCCCAAGUCACCCAGGAAAGGAGCCCCGCCAAGCCUGGCCAACUCCUGCAGCCGUGGCCAUGGCCUCCGAGGAUGACUUUCAUCACAGUUCAAACUCCACCUACAGAACGGCAAGCAGCUCCCUCCGCACUGACCGGGAAACACUGCUUGAGAAGCUGCUCGACCACCCACCGCCUGGCCUGCAGAGGCCCGAGGACCGCUUCCAUGGGACCUACAUCAUCUUCUUCAGCUUGGGCAUUGGCGGCCUACUGCCAUGGAACUUCUUUAUCACUGCCAAGGAGUACUGGGUAUUCAAACUCCGCAACUGCUCCAACCCAGCCUCGGGGGAGGAACCCGUGGGUUCGGACAUCCUGAACUACUUUGAGAGCUACCUGACCAUCGCCUCCACCGUCUCCUCCAUGCUGUGCCUCAUGGCGAACUUCCUGCUCGUCAACAGGGUUCCGAUUCGUGUCCGUGUGCUGGCCUCACUGACUGUCAUGCUGGCCAUCUUCUUGGUGAUGACUGUGCUAGUGAAGGUGGACACCUCUUCCUGGACCUCUGGCUUCUUUGCUGUCACCAUUAUCUGCAUGGCGAUCCUCAGCGGCACCUCCACCAUCUUCAAUAGCAGUGUCUUCGGCAUGACCGGCUCCUUCCCCAUGAGGAAUUCUCAGGCGCUGAUAUCAGGAGGAGCCAUGGGGGGCACCAUCAGUGCCGUGGCCCUGCUGGUGGACCUGGCGGCGUCCAGCGACGUGACGGACAGCACCCUGGCCUUCUUCCUGACGGCGGACGUCUUCCUGGGGCUCUGCGUCGGCCUCUACCUGCUGCUGUCACGGCUGGAGUACGCCAGGUUCUACCUGAGGCCUGCUUGGCCAGCCCACGUGUUUUCUGGGGAAGAUCAGGCACCCCAGGACUCCCCCAGCGCCCCUUUGGCAGCCCCUGGGUCCCAUGACCCCUCCAUACCACCCCUCCGCCCCAUCCUGAAGAAGACAGCUGGUCUGGGCUUCUGUGUCGUCUACCUCUUCUUCGUCACCAGCCUCGUCUUCCCCGCCAUCUCCACCAACAUCGAGUCCCUCGACAAGGGCUCGGGCUCGCCGUGGACCACCAAGUUCUUCGUCCCCCUCACCACCUUCCUCCUGUUUAACUUUGCCGACCUGUGUGGCCGGCAGGUUACAGCCUGGAUUCAGGUGCCAGGGCCCAGGAGCAAGGUGCUCCCUGGGCUCGUGCUCCUCCGGACCUGUCUCCUCCCCCUCUUCAUGUUCUGCAACUAUCAGCCCCGCGGCCGCCUGCACACGGUGUUCUUCCGGUCUGACCUCUACCCGGUGCUCUUCACCUGCCUGCUGGGACUCAGCAACGGCUACCUCAGCACCCUGGCCCUCAUGUACGGGCCGAAGAUCGUGCCCCGCGAGCUGGCUGAGGCCACGGGGGUGGUGAUGUCCUUCUACCUGUGCUUGGGCCUGGUCCUGGGCUCGGCCUGCUCUGCCCUGCUCGUGCACCUCAUCUAGAAGGGGGGUGAUGGCAAGAACCCCGGUGCCGUGCGACAGACCCUUGCGAGCCCUGGUGAGAUGGGGAGCGAGUGCCGGGAGGGCCGGGGCAACGUGCAGAAGGGAGCUGCAGCUGGGCCGGGUGCAGAGCCGAGCAGGCCCGGGCUUCCCCUCUCCCCGGGGAGCAGGCAGCCAUGCCAAGCACACAUUCCACGUGCAAGAGCUCUCCUGAGACCUUUGAAGGAGACCAAAAGACAUCUGAAUGGGGCACAGUGGCCACAGUUACUCAGGGGACAGUGGGCGUGCCUAUCACUUUUCUAGCCGCUGGUUACAUUCUACCUUGUUUUAUAGCCUCUUGUGACCUUCUUCACCAGUGUUGACUCCAGGCUGUUACAAGGCCAGUGCCAAAACCCAACCACAGGCCCUUUGCCUCUCCCGGUCUUGCUCCCAGGGGACAGCGUGAUGUGACAGUUCCCAGCCCUCCCUCUCCAGGGGGUUCCCCUAGAAUGGAAAUCCCCUGGAGGGACACCUGGCGGCUCAGUCGGUCAAGCGUCGGACUCUUGAUUUCAGCUCAGGUCUUGAUCUCAGGGCCCUCUUGUGAGUUCGGGCCCCAAUUAGACUCCACACUGGGUGUGUGGAGCCUACUUAACCCCCGCCCCGCAAAAAAGGAAAUCCACUGGAAUGGCCAAUUGUCAGGCCCAAGACCCAAGGCUGUGUCAGACCCCUGCUUUCUGUUGUAAGAGAGUACCUGCCAACCAGACGGGGGACCCCAGAAAGACGGGCCUUCUAAGAAUCCUCCAUUCCCUAAACUUGGGCUCCAGAAGAUUCCCCUGUCCUAGAGACUGAGGGGGUCAGGCCUGGGUGUUCAGACAGGGAUCCUCGAAGUGGUCUAUGGCUUGUGCCAGGGUGGAAGUCUUUUCAUGUCCAUGUUUACAAUAUGUCAAGCACAUUGGUUCCAGGGCGUAAUGAAUACCUGGAUAUUUAAUGAGAGCCUGAUUGGUGGCUGGAUUAGUCAGGGUCUUGGCAGGAAAUGGCAUACUCCAAUUGGAUAAUAUGAGGAUAUUUGAAGACAGGGUGUAGGAAUCCUAUGGGGUUGUGCUUUAUAUUCCCAGAAAUAGUAAGGCCCUUCUACCCCUAACCAGGGCUAGGGACAGGGGGCAUCUCCAGCCUGCUGUGACCCACAGGAGGUAGACCCCCUUCAUCUUUCCCUCCCUCCCAUCUCCUCAAAGCCCCUGUGGACUGAACCACAGCCAAGGAGCAGGCAGAGAGGUGGAGCCGAGACUUGGAGGGGCAGCAGGUGUCCCGAAAGGGGCCACCAGCCUCCCGGUCCCAUAUGCACAUUAGGAUAGCUCUGAAGCUUUGGCCAGCAGUACCGGGUGGUGUUCUGUCCUGGUUUGUCCUGGAUUAGCUGUGUAUUUUGAAGCUGAUGUUGCAGUAGGCAACCCUCAGAUUGUGUGCUCCCAGCAACAAUGGUCUGACAUGAGUAGUAAUUUACAUUUCUUCAGGUUCCUUGAAGGCUUCUGCAGCGCUAUUCCUUGGGGGAACAGGCUGGCUUGGAAAUCCAAGAGAAAGGAGCUAGAUCAGACCCAGGAGUUCUUUUUCGAGAGUCAUGCAGAAAGAACAGAGCUUGCCCCCCAAGAAGCAGCAACCCCAAGAGCCAUAAAUCCACCCGCUCCUUCUCGGAAGAGCUCGGGCACCCCGGUAUCCUGCAGACAUCCGAUUAGCCAGGGAAGUAAUCCACCCAGUGGGAGCACCUUACAUUCCCCACCAUUUCAGGCUAGGAUACACUCCCUCUCUCCGGCCACAGAAUUAAAAAAGACACUCUUGAAAGGUUUUCUGAAACUUGAUAUCUAGAAGAAAAAAAAAAAUUUUUUUUUUAAAGAUUUUUUUUUUUAUUUAUUUGACAGAGAGAGACACAGCGAGAGAGAGAACACAAGCAGGGGGAGUGGGAGAGGGAGAACAGGCUUCCCGCGGAACAGGGAGCCCGAUGCGGGGCUCGAUCCCAGGACCCUGGGAUCACGACCUGAGCCGAAGGCAGAUGCUUAACGCCUGAGGCACCCAGGCGCCCGAAAAAAAUUUUUUUUAACUAAAAAUAAAUUCUCCUGUCUCCCCUCCCCUUGCAGGAGCCUGAAAUCUCUCCCUUGGUUUUUCCACCAACUCCAGUGCUGGUGAUCAUUUGGUGGCAGUGGUCUGGGUGGUGACUCAUCCCAACCUCAGGUGUUUUACAAACGGGGGGCAUGUCUGUUUGAAAGUAAAGUCAUCACUGCACUUAGAGAUGGGGACCACCUCGGAGCAGAGUAGAGGGGGCCUCACACGCUCGGUUGAAGGGAGAUAGUGUUCAGAAGUAGAAGAGGUGUCCCUGUGAGUGAAAUGAUUUGAAAUGGGUGUGGAGUGAAGGGGCAAGAGGGUGGCCAGCCGUGAGGAUGCAGCCCUGGGGGGUGGGGGGCAGGGGGAACAGGCCAGCUUCCUGGAGGAGGAGAUGUCGGCUGCUUGGCUGGUGGGAGUUAUCCAGACUUUCGCUCACCUUCGUGGGCAUUUCACAAAGGAUCGUUCCUUCCUGGGGAGGCAGGAAGGAAAGUAAAAACGCAUCUUCCAGCAGAAGGACAGACAGUGGUUCAGACACGGCUGUUCCCACGCACUGGACUCACUCAUGGGGUUUGUCUCACGUGACGCCGGCAGGCUUGUGGAACUAGCUCAUGUGCUUCGGGGAGUGAACAAAACUUGCUGAAGAGAAGGAUAUUUUUCAGUGUGAGGGUCGGGGAGUCCCCAAGAAGCUGGCUUUGCCUCAUAGUCUCUGAUUCAAUCCCAAGGGCCAGUUUUCAGUACAUGCCCUCGUAUAUCUUCUAGACCAUACACAUCUUCAUUCUCCUCCUGUUAUUCAACAAAGAAAGCCAGAGGCGGCCACCGGAGCUGACUCUUCAACUAGCGGGUGACAGGUCCUUCUAAGAAAAUGCUUGCUCCUACAAGAGGGGCUGUCAUUAGCCGAAGACUCCUCAUUCUGCUAUCUUCGGCCCAGUGCUCCUUAGAGAAGAUUCGGGGCCCCCACAUCAGCUUGGACAUGAUGUGGGGGGAGGUCACUGCAGGACCCCGGCUUCUGAGACCAUGUAAUGCUUUUAUAGAGAACUCCAAGUAGAAGAGAGAGGGCCAAAAAUCAGCUGAGAGAUUUCAUUCCAUGGGCAGUUACGUGUACAGCCCAGGCUUACCUUUGUGGGCUUUCUGAGCAAAGCCUCUAGUAUCUGUCACCAUCCUCACUUCCUUGGUGGCAGCGUUGUCGGGGCCUGAGUCAGUGCAGCCCUCCACCCAGUGGCUGAGGUUAGCUCACUUCCCUGUUCAGCUUGGACCCUGGCAGGAUCCCAGAAGGAAUUUCGGCCCCACAGCAGGUGGAGGCUGGGAGUAGUCAGCGGGCCAAGACCCAGGGUCCAGCCUUUCCAUCAGCCGCCCAGAACCCCAGCCCGGUGCUGUCCUACGCCAGGUCUUCACCCCAAUUAUUUCCCCAUCUGUAGAUGAACACAAGGAGGCUCAGAAAGGUUAAGUAACGUACCUAAGGUCACUUAGCUACCAAGUAGCCUAGACAAGAGUCAAAUCUAGCUCUCCCUAAACUCAAGAGGUCCUUGCCCACCCUGCCCGCUUGCUCCCCUGGUUGAACCUUGGCUUUCUCCUUGGUUCUUGACACCUGUCUCCCCGACUCCUCACUCCAUGGCCUGGUGGGAGUGUUGUGCCAAUUAGAUGGAUCGCCCAGAACACUGGCCCUGGCCUAACUGAUCAGACCAGUGCGGCUGACCAGUGCCCGCUGGACUGGGUCCUCAUGGGCCCUGGCAUAGGACUUGGGCUGCUUCCAGGCCUUGCCCUGUCCAGUCCGAUCCCCAGCCCCUGCCCUCCUGGUCCCCUCAGCCCUUCCUCUGCCACACCAGCCCCUGCCGCUGAGGUCGUCCCAGCGUGGGUGCUGCUGGGCCCGUCUUUGGACACAGGGUGUAGGGCGCAGCACAUGGUUUGGGAGUCAGGAAGCCUUGGCCCCAGCUCCACCAGGCACUGGCCCUGAGUGACAUCGCCUUUAGAACCUCACUUCCUCAUCUCUAAAGGGGAUGACAAGUUCUGUAAUGUGACUGUCCAGGGUGCCAGUGAGCCAACCCGGCACACCCAGUCCCCCCCACACACCCAGCCCACGUAGGCUGAGCUGCACCAGGCCUCAUGUUGUGCGUGGCAGGCUGACCGAAGGGCACAGCGCCCAGCCUCAGCCUGACAGAUGACCUCAACUUCAGGCUGCCGUAGGCUUGAAUGCAAAGGAGAGUGACGGAGAUGGUCACACUCUCUGUGCUUACCAGACUCCAGCCAGCUAAUGCACUGGCCCUGUGCACCCCCCUGAGAACAUGUUGUUCCUGCCCUUGCCUGCCAGCGGGAGGGACCUCCAGGCCUGCAGUGUAUGAGGGGAGGGAGGCUUUGGGCACCCAGCUCCACGUGGGAGUUCUGGUUCUGCUGCCUCCUAGUUGGAUGCUUUGGCCCAGCCUUGCUGUUACCCUCUCACAUCUGAACUGAGAAGCCUUUCAGGGCUGCUAUGAGAGGUAAAUAAGCCCCUGGGUUGUAGGCAGAAGUACCUAGCAGAUAGCAGAUCCUCAACAAACGUGCUUCCUCCCACUUUCCCCUGCUGCCCACAGCAGACCCCGCGCCCAGUACCCAUCCCAGCCCGGCCUGAUGCCUGCUCUUUAUGGCCUUGCUGGGACCAGUCUAGACACGCCUGACCUGGGGGCGGGAUAUGUGAGGAGGAAAGCUGGGGAUCCAAGGCCCCAGGCCACACUCUGCCCCUCACUUUGACUUCUGGGCUAGCCACAUCACUUUGUUCGUAAGCCUCAGCUGGAAAAGUGGCCACCUCCGCACCCAUCUUGCCUCCCUCAUCAACAGGUGGCCAGCUACACAGACGCCCUGUAGACACUGGUCGUGUCUCAAACUGGUUCUGAGCUCUGGAGGCCGCCAGCCCAGGUUUGAGUCUCACCGCCUCCUUGUCCUUGCACCACGGGCAAGUUCAACCUGACUGGCUGUGGUUGUUCCAGCCGUGCAGCUGGCUGUUGCGUGUGGUAAGUGGCAUGGUGGUAACUCAUAGAAAACCUUGAGAAUUGAGCCCGGUGUAAUCAGCACUCAUCACCGGCUUCUGGAAGGCUGUGUCUUCGCACCUUCCCGAUUUACCUAACGUGUCAGGACGAACUCAUUGACCUGGUCUCUUUCCCUCACUAGAUUCUGGGCCUGUCCCCUGUACCAGCUGUUCAGCCCCUCCCCUGCCCACCUCUCAAAGCCACAUCUCCCAGUGCGGCCCACAGUCGGGGCCAACGGAGUCGGCUUGGACGAACUUCCCCGGGAAUGUGGCUCGAUGGUGCUGCUCACCCAGUGAUGGUUUUACAAGUCGGGGUGGGGGGGAGAAGAGAAAAGACAGGAGGGGAAGUAUGGAAGGGAGGAAGGAGGAAGGAAGCGAAAAGAGAGGAGAUGAGGGUGGGCUGGGAAUCGGGUCUCCCCCCAGCUCCGGGAGGCAGGUGGUUCGGUGAACGGGAGUGAGAGGAUAUCCUAUAAAGAUUCCAGCGUGGCCACUGGCUCUGUCUUUAAGGCGCAGCUGCUUUCCUUCCCUCCCCUCCUCACCUGCCCACCUUGGGAUGGAGGCAGCUGGAAAGGUGUUUCUUGACACAGGAUGACGCUUCUGCCUUGUUACGCCCAGGCAAGGUUUGGUGACUUUAACCUUGGAAGAACACUCGUGGACGAGGGGUGUCUCUGCUUCCACGCUGGGCUGCGAUGCAGAGAUUACAAUUGUAGCGGGGCUCUGCGAGGGCUGACGGGGCUGGGAGCCUCGGCACAGGCCCAGCUCCUGGCAUCACAGUAAAGGAGGGGCCGAUGGCUGAGUCCCUGCCACUGUGCCCACGUACGACAGCCCUGCCAGGUGGGGCGGCCCCAUCUUACAGAGGAGGAAACUGAGACUCAGAGAGGUUAAGUCAGCAAGAGGUCAAAUUGGAAUUCAGCCUGGGGCUGUGAGAUUCCAAAGCCUGGCUUCCCUCCGGGCCACCCCGCUGCCUAGAAGGCUUCCUGAUGGGAGGCGCCCUGGGCCACAUGCUGGGUGGGCGGCGUAUGCUGUGGAGCAUCCGGCCUUCCUGCGGACGGACUGACCUGUCCUGGGCGAGGUGUAGCAGCACCCGGCCUGCCCUCAGUGCCUCUGUGGUGUCUGAUGCGGUCACUGGCCCUUGGUUACCAGGGCAGCAGGCUUUAUAGGCACCUGAACGUAAAGCGCGCAGAGCCAAGGGCCAGGUUUGCGGAGCGUGUGGUUCCCGGGCAGGGAGCCUCGCUGCCUACACCUUACAUGGCAGAUGCCUCGCGUGAGUCUUCUCCAGGGUGCCAAGGAACUGGGGCGGGGGGGCGCCCACCUUCCCGGACACUGAGCAGGCUGAAGUGUGAAGUCCUCAGAUGCCCACACCUCCUGUCCCUGACUUAAACACACCUAGAGCUGGGAGGGGUCUUGAGGUCACCAAGUCCCCCUGCCUCUUGGCGGGAUGACACUUGGGUGGCUCGAGACAGUCAGGCACCCGGCCUGUGCUGAUCAGCAGAUUCUUCCAGACUGAGUUCCCAGAGGCCCAAGGAGAUGGAGCAUCUCAGUCCUGCUCUUCUGCAAACAGCCCCGUGUUCCCAGCCCACUUCUCACACACUUCACCCUCCAGACAGAAGGACUUAAAACCUCCCUGCCACCGCCACAGUCUCCCCCCCACAGCCCCACCCCUGCUGCUCCAGCCCCAGGCCCACCCUGUGGAGCGUAAUGAGGGCAGAGCAUGCUAGUGACCCUGGACUUCUUCUGUCCUUCCUAUUUCCUUCCAAGAGCCCUACGCAGGUGUUGCUUAGGCCCCUGGGUGCAGGGAGAGGCUCAGGGAGCCUGAGAGCGUGUGCAGAAGUUCGUGUGCUCCUGGGCAGAGGGGCCACAUACAUCUGUCAGGUUAGCAGAGGAGUCCGUGGCCUAAGGUUUCGGAUCCCCUGGAUGCCAGUGGCCUGCCCUGUUUAGAUGGUGUCCCUGUAGACAGCAC